CAUCACUUCCUGUGCCGCAUCCUGUAAAGAUCUACGCUUCCUUCUGGAGUUCAAUACGCACAGUGCACCCGGCACGUCACUAAAGCAACUUCUGCAAAUAUAUAUAUCACACUAUUUAUUUGUUUACCAAGUGUGAAUUCAGCAGCUCGUAAUGGAGACAUUUGGGAACUCGAGUAAUAAGAAGCAGAAACUGAGUAACGCCCCCGAGAGUUGGGGGAUGCAAAGAGCCACCAAUGUGACAUACCAAGCCCAUCAUGUGAGCAGAAACAAGCGUGGGCAAGUAGUCGGCACUAGGGGAGGAUUUCGAGGAUGCACGGUGUGGCUUACAGGUUUGUCUGGUGCAGGUAAAACGACGGUCAGCAUGGCUCUGGAGGAGUAUUUGGUGUGUCAUGGCAUCCCCUGCUACACUAUGGAUGGAGAUAACAUCAGGCAGGGCCUCAAUAAGAACCUGGGCUUCAGUCCUGAGGACCGUGAGGAGAACAUUCGCCGUAUCGCGGAAGUGGCAAAACUCUUUGCUGACGCGGGGCUCGUGUGUAUCGCCAGCUUCAUUUCCCCAUACAGCAGGGACCGCCUGAAUGCCAGGAAGAUCCAUGAAGCAGCUGGUCUUCCGUUCUUUGAGGUGUUUAUAGACGCUCCUCUGGAUGUGUGUGAGCAGAGAGAUGUGAAGGGGCUCUAUAAGAGGGCAAGAGCUGGAGAAAUCAGAGGGUUCACAGGAAUAGACUCUGAGUACGAGAAGCCCGAGGCCCCUGAACUGGUACUAAAGACCGAUUCUUGCAGUGUGAACGAGUGCAUCCAGCAGCUCCUGGACCUCCUGCAGGAGAGGGACAUCGUGCCUGUGGACGCGUCCUAUGAGGUCAAGGAGCUCUACGUGCCUGAGAACAAGCUGGACUUGGCCAAGGCUGAUGCAGAGACUCUUCCAGCAGUGGAGAUCACCAAGGUGGACAUGCAGUGGGUUCAGGUGCUGGCUGAGGGCUGGGCUACUCCUCUGAACGGCUUCAUGAGGGAGAGAGAGUUCCUGCAGUGUCUUCACUUCAACUGUCUGCUCGAUGGCGGGGUUAUUAACCUGUCGGUGCCGGUGGUCCUCCCCGUCUCGAGCUCCGACAAAGAGCGCCUGGACGGCAGCACUGCGUUCGCGCUGGCCUACGGUGGACGGAGAGUCGCCAUCCUGCGAAACCCAGAGUUCUACGAGCACCGCAAGGAGGAGCGUUGUUCCCGGCAGUGGGGCACCACAUGCAAGGAUCAUCCAUACAUCAAGAUGGUGAUGGAGAGUGGAGAUUGGCUGGUCGGAGGUGAUGUCCAGGUGCUGGAUCGGAUCUACUGGAACGACGGGCUGGAUAGUUACAGGCUCACACCAACCGAACUCAAGCAGAAGUUUAAAGAGAUGAACGCAGAUGCCGUCUUUGCCUUCCAACUGCGGAACCCAGUGCAUAAUGGCCACGCGUUGCUCAUGCAGGACACACAGCGACGUCUAAUUGAACGUGGCUACCGUCGACCCGUGCUUCUGCUGCACCCGCUGGGAGGCUGGACCAAAGAUGAUGACGUACCACUGGCCUGGCGCAUGAAACAGCAUGCAGCUGUGCUGGAGGAAGGGCUGCUUGAUCCCAACUCCACCAUAGUGGCCAUUUUCCCCUCACCGAUGAUGUACGCCGGCCCCACAGAGGUCCAGUGGCACUGCAGGGCACGAAUGGUGGCCGGGGCCAACUUUUACAUAGUGGGCCGUGACCCUGCAGGAAUGCCUCAUCCGGACACAGGUAAAGAUCUCUACGAGCCCUCCCACGGAGCUAAAGUUCUCACCAUGGCCCCUGGACUCAUAUCGCUGGAAAUCGUGCCGUUCAAAGUGGCAGCCUACAAUAAAGUCAAGAAGGCCAUGGAUUUUUAUGACCCCAAAAAACACCAGGACUAUGACUUCAUCUCAGGAACCCGCAUGAGGAGGAUGGCUCGCGAGGGCCAGAACCCUCCGGAAGGCUUCAUGGCAUCCAAAGCCUGGAAUGUUCUCAAGGAAUACUACCAGUCUUUGGAGAAGGCCUAAGCCGUUUUCCAGGCGCGCCGAGAGAAGUGGAAGCAAUUCUGUUGCAUGAAAAGGAGGAAGAGGAGGCGAUCAUGGUUUGUAAAAAAACAAAAAACAAACGUUGGGACCACCCAAAGGACUUCUUGAACUGUUUUGGAUGUUGUUCCUCAUUAAAUCACUGUCGGUUUCAUGGUUCUGAGUCUUAUGGCAGCAUUGAAAUUUGUUCAUUAUGUAUCAUUAUGUUCAGUUUGGAAAAAAAGAAAGAAUGCGAAUCAGCUUGUGAAAGGUACAAUUUUAAAUAUACAAUACUGUAAACAACAAAAAAAGUAAAUUAUUCUAUCUAUAUUCUUGUACUCUCCCUAGAUUUCAUAAUCGCAGUUACAAUUGAAUGAAAGACGUCUAAUUUGAAAAUUGCCCUACUUGCCUUAAAGAUCGUAAGCUUUUAUUGAAACGGUUACAUUUACAGCUUUAUUCUGGCUUUAAUGCAAUUUAAACUCUAUCAAUAGCAUUUAUGGCAUACUGUCAGGCACGGUAGAAAAUCAUUUCCUCAUGGGGUUUUUAAAUGGCAAAAAUAGAGGUUGCAAAGUCAGUAAAGCUAAUAAGUUUGGCAGAUAUGUUCUCGGAGACAAAUAUCAAAAUAAAGAGGAAACAAAUUGAAAUUAUUUUGUGGUAAUCAACAUUAUGAUACAAAUUCUGUCAAAAGAGCUUUAAGUAUUGAACAGCGAACAAUCUUUUGAGCCAGAAAUGUGUGCCUGGAUGUGACGUAUACAGUAGGUUGUGCCCGGCGUUGUUAAUAGUUGAUAUAAUAUGGGGGGAAAACUGUCGUUUAAUUAAUGGUCUGCAAAUAUUUGUAGUGACAACAGUAUGUUCUUCGUGCACAUUUAGGCAACAUUUUGUUCUGAAAUCUGUACAAUUGUUUUUUGCUUGCAAAGCAGCCAAACAUACAUUUCACGUAUCUGUACUUUGAAAGUUACUGGCAUUAGAACUUUAAUAGAAUUUGUUUAGUCAGCAACAUUUCUAACCACGGUGUUUCGAUAUUUCUUUGUUUGAAUGUAGCGCUUUGUUAUUGUUGUGUUUUGGUAUAGGUGCAUUUUCUUUGUAGUAUUUAUUUUUUUAUCACUGUAGUAUAACUGUAGUAUAACUUUUUUUGUGUUUAUUGCAUUAGAAUAGAAUAGAAAGGAUCAUAUUCUUCAGUUUGCAAUUCAUAUUUGUCCUGUUUAUAUUUUUAACAGUUUUGUCCUUUACUCAGUGUUUUUAAUAAAGCAUUCCACC